AUGUGGAACGGAGGGCCUCCGAAUGCGUCGCCUAACAACACAUUGACCGAUGACUCUGGUGAUGAAUAUGAGGUAGCUAAUAUCGCGGCUGUCCUCUGGUAUUACCACACCUACAUAGAGAGACUCCCACCUCUACCUAAGCACACCUCCGCGUUGACAGAGCAAUACGGAAUCACAGGACCAAUGGCGCAUUCUGGAUCCACCAUUUCCAAAUACUUUGAGGCUGUAUUAGAGAGCAAUACGGAAUCACAGGACCAAUGGCAGCAUUCUGGAUCCACCAUUUCCAAAUACUUUGAGGCUGUAUUAGAGGCAAUAUAUAACUUGCGCCAUGAUUUCGCAACACCCCUGAAUUUUAACAUUAUUGAUCUAGUCAUUGCGGUGAAUGGAAGCAAGUAUUUGCCAUGGUUUCAGAAUUGUGUUGGAGCUUUUGACGGGACUCACGUCCCUUGUGUUCCACCACCCGGUAACCCCGAAGUAUGGAGGAAUAUGAAGGGUUUCUACUCCCAAAAUGUGUUAGGGGUAUGUUCAUUUGACAUGAAGUUUACUUACAUGGUAGCUGGAUGGGAGGGUUCUGCCCAUGAUGCGCGCGUUCUUACAUCCGCAACAGAGACGUCAGAAAAAAAAUUUCCCAUAUCCACAGUUCGGAAUGUUAUUGAGCGCACUUUCGGUGUUUGGAAAGCAAGGUUCCGCAUACUCAAGUGCAUAAAUAAUUACCCAAUAGAGAAACAGGUACAAAUUCCUAUUGCUUGUGUCGUGCUUCACAAUUUCAUACAUAUGUAUAACCAUAACGACGAUCUACUAAACCAAUACACAAGAAAUGGAGUACCAGCUAUUGAAAUUGAUCCAGAGAAUGCAGAUCAAGAUGUUAAUCAGGAUCACAAUCCUGAUUGGGCAAUGGAACAAAAUCACAACUCCGCAAAUCGUAGACAAAUGAAUAUUUUGAGGGACGAGAUGGCUACUAGCAUGUGGGGGGCAUUGGAAGCAUAUCGCAAUCGGUAG